AUGGCCGGUAUUGCUAGUCUUUCAAAAGCACGAGCACGUGUGCGUGAACAUUGUCAAAAAGAAAACAGCGCCUUAGAAGCUAAUAGUGCCAUAGACUUAGCGGUCAGUUUCGAUGGAUCGUGGCACAAAAGGGGGUUUACGUCAAACUAUGGAGUAGGCUCUAUUAUUCAUAUAGAUACGGGACUAGUAAUUGACUAUUGCGUUCUCUCGAAAUUUUGUCGCAACUGUGCCUCAGCAGAACAUGAUUUGGGGAGAGGAAGCCCAGAGUUUGACAUUUGGUAUGCAGGCCAUGCUAUAGAUUGCGAUAAGAAUUAUGAAGGAUCCUCUCCAGGUAUGGAAGUCGCCGCCGCUGAAAUUCUUUGGAAACGCUCACUAAGCUACAAAUUUCGCUACACAACAUUAGUGAGCGAUGGAGAUUCAAAGGUGUUCACUCAUUUAAAAGACCUCAACAUCUAUGGAGAAGAUGUUUUAAAAAAAGAGGAGUGUAUAAAUCACGUUUCUAAAAGACUGGGCACUGCUCUCCGCAACCAAGUAAAAGUGUGCAAAGCUCAAAAAAUCACUCUUGGAGGAAAAUCCCAUGGCAGUCUAAAGGACUCAACCAUCAAAAAGCUUACCAGGUAUUACCACAAUGCUGUAUUUAGUAGUAUCAACAAAGAUGCACCCACUGUUAGAAACUCUAUCUUAGCUACUCUUCACCACUGCACAUCGACCGAUGAAAAACCUAGUCAUACCAAGUGUCCAACCGAUACAAAUUCAUGGUGUUUUUACAACCGUGCGAUUGCUAAUAAUGAAAUUCCUGGAAGCCAUAGUGACAACAUAAAAACACCUCUCAAUCCAACUGUUCUCAAACAUAUUGCUCCAAUAUAUAAGAGACUCACAGAAACUAGCCUGUUAGAAAGAUGUCUCAAAGGUCAAACUCAGAAUGCCAAUGAAAGCUUACAUAGCUUCAUUUGGCGGAAAUGUGACAAAGCGAGAAGUGUAUCAAGAAGGAUAGUUGAAGCUGCUGUAGCUGAGGGUGUGAGUGAAUUUAACUUUGGAAAUGCCUCAGCUAUCAACAUUCUUCAAAAGAACAAAAUUUCACCUGGAAAAAAAAGCAUCAUGAUUGCAAGAGUGCGAGAUCGACGUCGAAAACUUAAAAUCCAUCAAGCGAAGUCGGAGAGAGUCAAACGAAGAAGGAACUAUUUGAGAAUGAAAAAUCUGCAAGAAGAGGAAAAGAGGAAGGAGCUAGAGGGCAUAAUGUAUGGUGCUGGAGAAUUUUAA